UUUUCUUCACCACGGACGUGGACCAACGAUGCCUACCUUGUCUUCAUUUAGUUACCAUCCUCUCACAGUCCAGACCAGAUCAGAGCAGCCGCUGUUUGCUAGUCUCUUCACCACUCGUCUUCUGUUUCCGGCCGGAGGCGAGCUUGGGUCUGCUUCUCUGUCGGUUCUGGUGGCAGGUGAGGUGAUGGGCAGAACUCCGUGCUGCGACAAGGCGCAGGUGAAGAGAGGGCCAUGGUCUCCGGAGGAGGACAUGGUUCUCAAGAAGUAUAUAGAGGGUCAUGGAACCGGUGGAAACUGGAUUGCCUUGCCCCAGAAAGCAGGUCUCAAACGUUGCGGCAAAAGCUGCCGCUUGAGGUGGCUCAAUUACCUCAGGCCCGACAUCAAGCACGGAGGCUUCACCGAUGAAGAGGACGACAUCAUUUGCGGUCUCUACAACAACAUCGGAAGCAGGUGGUCCGUUAUAGCUUCGCAGUUGCCGGGCAGAACCGAUAACGAUAUCAAGAACUACUGGAACACUAAGCUGAAGAAGAGGAGGACGAUGGCGAUGGCGGCAGCUCAAGCACCCAGCUCAAACAACACCACCUCCAUCGACACCAUCGUCGACCGAAUCAAUGACUUUCCUCGACCGCCACCGCCAUCGACAUCUCCUGUAGUCAUCCCAAUCGUAAAGGACGAAACAUACACCUGCGAUGACUUUCUGAAACCUGUAGUCCCAAGUCCUCCAGUGUCAGCAACGACCGACACUGGACUUGGCUUCGGUCGCUACGAUUCUCCUCCGGUGGUCGCAGGACUCGCUGGUCCCCCCAGGGUUCAGCUAAACGCGUCCGACGCUUCCUCUCUGGUUACCGUGGACGACGGCAGCCUCUAUUCCGACUGGUGGACUAAUGGAUCGGGUGAUACCGAUGAGUUCUUCCUGGAGUUUGGUGGCGAAGUCCCCAUGGAAUUCUUGACUAGUUCCUCUGACGCCUCAUUCUUCGAUACCGAAACCAGAUCGCAGGUCACGUAGCCCUCGUGCUACUACGUUCCGGCAGAGUAUUGUGUUCUGGCUUUUCCCGUCGAAAGCCCGUGCAUCAUAAAGAAGGAAUGGCAGACUAACAGCGGCAUUAGCUUCCCGGACACCAUCAUGUUGCUAAACUUGAUCUUGUAUUAUCUAUACUCCCCUCCUUCAUAGGUCAUCCAGAUCUGUGGCCAUCUAUAUUGUUCAAAAGAAUUAUGUUGCACUC